UCGCCAUCUUGACCUCCCCCGGGCGCCCAGCGCCUCCCCCCUCCUGUCCUCCGCCUCCCCGGACGCAGCCGGAGUGAUCCCCCGCGCAGCGCAGCGAGCAGGAGCCGCCGCCGUCGCCGCCGGGACGACCGGUUUGGAGGGCGGAAGGAUCGAACUCCGGAGACGAGAGGGGAGGGGGGGUUGUCCGUCGGCAACCAAGGGGCGGGUCGACUGUUCGACAGUCCGAGCUGUUCACUGGGCACUACCAACCCUUCCUGCCUGGUAUCUGGGGGUUCCAUGAACCAGGCUGUUGCGAUGCAACAUCUUGCAGAGCAGAUAUGCAGAGUGACGCUAUGGGACAGGGGCGAGGUGUCUGCUGCUGCCAAGAACCUCCUCCGGUCCAUCCAGCAGCCCCCCUACUCGAUCCAGGCAGACACAGUCUGCUGUUACUCCCUCACGAGGUGCCACUCCGGAAGCAGCAGCCAUGACGGCUAUGCAUCUAGUGACGGCGGCGGCACUCCAACUCCAACCAGAAGCAAUGGGCGGCAGCUUCACUAUCCGUCACAUGCCCACAUGGACCCUGGCCCUGUCCGACUCAUCCUGCCGGGCUCUUUGGCCCAGCUAGAGGACGUUAUCCGCAACUGUCAAGUGGCUUUUGGACCUGAUUACAAACAAGUGCUACUCCAAGCAUUCUCGGCCAACUCACAUACAUGGAGCAGGUUUUUCUGUGAACCGGACAUACCAUUGGUUCUUCGUGGAAGAACAGUGGAUCCUUCUGAGCAUACAGAAGAAUUGACCACUAUGUUGAAAAUCAACACCCAAGUCCUCUGUUUGAUGAAACACCAGUUAUGUGAGCAGAGUCGAUCAUUUGAGGAGUUAAAAAUAGGAUACUUUGCGCAGUUUGCAAAGUGCCCUAUCAAGGAGCUCUUGGAGAUUGCAGUCUGUCUUAGCGAGGCAGUGUGGCCUCCCACCCGUAUUCCUCCAAUGCUGCUUGCCUGUGAGGCACUUAAGGAUGUCCUUCCUCUUAUAGAAAAGCUUCCUUCCAGUGAAUCUGGUGACUGCCUUUCCAAUAUUUCGCACAACAUGAGAGAGGCUUUCAGGAGAUUAAUGGACCAUACCAAGCACCACAUAGAAUCCAAUAUGAAAAAGCAUCAGGAUGACAUUAUUCAUCCAAUGACAUGUUUCCUCAUAUGCUCAGUGAGAUCCUUCCGCAGUCACAGAAAUUUAGUGCAAUCCACUCUUGCCCCUGGUGAUGACUGCAACUCAUUUGGCCAUCUUCUGCAUGACGUGAUUACCUGCUGGAAAUCUGGGCUCACUGAGUAUGCAAACAUAUAUCAUGCAGAUGUGCAGCAGCGAUGCAUUUUCCUAUUGAACAACAGAGACUAUUUUAAUAGGAAGACAGAUGGCCUGUUGAAUGAGUUGCUAUCCGAUUGGCAGAUUGUUGAGCAGUAUGAUAAUGAGUUCAAGUUACUCUUGAUUAAGAGAUAUACAGAUGAGGCCUGCGCUCCGGCCAAGUCUUGUUUAAAUCGCAGCUCCUGCUGGUGGUGGGGCAGUCAGCGUCCAUCCUUAGACGCGUUUACUUCGAAAUUCAACGAGACUUUUGAUCUUCAGAGAACUUGGAAGGUUCCCGAUGUUGCCCUACGGCAGGGUCUGAGAGAUAGCAUAGAGGAGUGCAUCCUGUCAGACUACACAAGGUGUCUCGAGAAUUGUUCAAGUUCGGGGCUGUUUUGUUCAUGCUUGCAGAUAGAUUCAGUAGGAGAGAUAUAUACCACAGAGAGCUUGCAAACAACGGUGCAGACCUUAUUUGAAGGAUGCUGACGUCCUAGGUCCCCCCCCCCCACCCCCCCUUUGGAGGGUGCUGACGUCACACACAAACACACUGUCUCCCCUUCGCUGCGAGGAACGAGGAAGUAGUUCAUUUUCUCCUUGUUGUAACAAUUGUGCAUAGUUGUGAUUGUAUAGUUGAGAUUACCAGAAGAACAAUACGUAUAGCAGCAUUUUUUGGCACCACACUCCAUAGUUGUGACUGUAUCUACUGUACUUCUACCCGCUCUGUGAAGAAGAUGGAGGAAGAAACUUGGCAUGGAGUUGAA